AUGCAUCUCAUGUUUGUUUCACUGUUUUUCUCUACCAGUUUUUUAUCAGCCUAUAACAGCCUCGCAGACAAACACCUGGCUGGAUACUUUAAUAACACUAGGAUAAGACGUCAUCUCCGGCGAGCUGGACUGAUCACUCGAAGUGGGAGCAUUGUUCCAGAAAAGGAGUACAGACACAAACUUCUCCGGAGGGACCACCAAAGACGCAUACGCGAGUGCCUGACCCAGGCCAUAUUCCACAAGGUGCUCGACCUAGAGCGUCAUCAUCGAAUAGAGAUCAAAAGGAAGCUGCAGGAUUUCGCCCGGAAGGAGCAUGUGCACAAAAUCAAGGUUCAACGUUCCAAAAGGCACAAUGAAGGUGCUGUGCCCUCGAUAUCUCCGAGGCCCCCGUCAGGGCCCAGGAACGAACACACACUGCAUUCUGGGCCAGAGGUGGAGCAGUCGGAGUCCUCCAUAUCACCUGGCUCCUCCCAGCCCAACUCAGCCCCCGGGAAGAGGCAGAGGCCGGUCCGACUCCGGCCCCUCUACAGCAACAGCACCACCGCCUCCACCCAGCGGGCCUCCCACUGCUGCAGGAGCAAGGACUCCUCCGACGACGCAGAGCCGUUCCUCUGCGCCGCGCUCAACAGGGAGACCAGGAGACAUGUGACCAUGCCUGAGUUUUCCAGUGGGAUAUCCCCCUACCGACUUCCAGUCAUCAACAAUUAUGUGACGCCAGUACCCCCUCCAGUCAAGAGGAACGAGAGGAGCUCCAAAGGCACUGCCAAUGGAAGGACACGAGGCAGAAGCCUGCGGCCCACCACUGCCCCGAUCGUUCCCGCACAGGACUCUAGAUUCCACAAGACAACGGUGCACAGCAACGUGUCGGUUACCAUGACGUUCUACGGAAAGGCAGUCCACCUAACUCCUGACACUGUGGACAGGAGGGACGAGGUCAAGGUCUUCCAGCAGCAUUGCGGAGGGGAGAAUCUCUGUGUCUACAGGGGGAAGCUGGCAGAGGGAGAGGCCUUCCAGUUCAUCUCCAGAAGGCACCUGGGCUUUCCGUUCAGCCUCACCUUCUUCCUAAAUGGCAUCCAGGUGGAGCGACUCAGCUCCUGCUGCGAGUUCCGGCACCGGCGGGGCUCCCGUCUGGGAGGGAAACGCGGCCAUUUCGGAUUCACCGUCCUGGAGGGCGCCUCCCCGUGCUACAAGUGCAUCAUAGCCUUGGGCUUGGACAAGAAGCCGACCCCGCCUCCGAAGAGGCUCCAGAGGGACGCGGACACUGCAGGCAGGUCCCUGCAGAUGUCUGGGGUGGCCAGAAAGGCCGAUGCAGAGGAUUCAGGUCAGCGCGCCCAGCUCCACCCAGGGCUACAGUCCAGCCAGGGCCAGGCUGAGCACCACACCCUGGCCACUGCAGCUCGAGAGGACCAUCCUGUGGAGAGUGCACAGAAAGCCCAAGAUGAGUAUGAGGAGGACUUUGAGGAAGAAGACGAGAGGGUGGAUGAAGAAGCGGAGGACGCGAGAGGCAGCGCUGCGGUGAAUGGGGUGUCGUCUGGCCUGUCUGAGGAGGGGAGAGAUUCCCACUCUUUCAGCAAAGAGGACAAGAUGGAGGACGACCACCGUGAGGGGAAAGAUGAUGAAAAGAGCGGGUACUCUGACAGUGAGGUGGAAGAGGAGAAAGCCGAAGAGAAGAAGAAAUCAUCACCUGUCUGCCCGGGGAGUGUCUCACCCUUCUCAGGGAGUAGGAAGGAAGACCCAGAGAGUGAGACAGAGGAGGUCAAGGAAGCCAUGAUGGACAAUGAAGUCGACCCAUACUCCAGAUCCACUCACCAAGGAGGUGACACCACCACAGGAGAGAAGCCAAAGGAAGGAGAGUACCUGGGCACAGGGACUUCUGGGAAAGCCGAAGAGCAGCCCAACGCUUACUCUCCCCCCGCCUCAGUGACAGACCUGGACAGCGAGACACAUGAGGUCCAUGGAAGUGAGGCAAGCGAGACCAGCCUGGAGGAGUCGGACAGCAGCCUGCCUUCAGAGGAGAAACACGCCACCAAACGCAGGGUGCAUGGACAGCAGGCCAAGUCGGUGCAGGAGCAACUCACUGCAGCCGUAACCAAGGAAACCCACUUCGGCUCAGAACUAGAAAUGAGUGACAGCAGCUCUGAUCAAGAUGAGCCACCCACCACGGACCCAGACAGAACACCGGAGCCGGACCAAACUAAAACAGGUGUGGAGGCAGUUGCUGUUGCAGAGGAGAAGAAUGCUGGGGGGAAGGCUACAAGCAGCGAUGGAGCUCUGAAUACUUCCAAUGUGGAUCUGACUCCACUGGAUGGAGAGCUCAGGUCUGUGGAAAUUGUAGAAGAACAAGAACCAGGCCAAGAAACAGAGGAUGCACACCCUGAUAUGGAAGGGGAGAAGGGGAAAUUAGGGGAUACUUCCGAUGUGGAUCUGGCUCCACUGAAUGGAGAGCUCAGGACUCUGGAAAUGGGCGAAGAACAAGAACCAGGCCAAGGGACAGAGGAGGUGCAUCCUGAUAUGGAGGGGGCAAUAGAGGACACAGAUCUUCAGGCACAAGAGCCAAUGGAGAAGGGGGAAGAGUCUAAAGAGGAAGCACAAGAGAGUGGAAAUAGUAAUACAGGGACAGAGUCACAGACCAAUCCCGCUGAAACGGUGAAGGUGGGCACCAAUGCAGGAGAAGGAAAUCUGACGGACCAGGUGGCAGAAGAUGGUGGGGCCCUGACCGAAGGACCAAGCCCCACACUGCAGGUAGUGGAAGAAGAGAAAGCGAAGUGUGAGACUGAGAGACGGAUAGAAGAGGACUCUGUGUCCACUACCUCUAAUGAAGCCACUGCCUCCAUCUUAGAGAAGCAGGAUGUGAGAGCAGAGGGCACUGGUGAGGAAGAGGAGAUGGUAGAAAAGGCAGGGGAGACGGAAGUGCUGGUAGACGCUGCAGUCUCAGUGGCUGAAAUCAGAGCAGAACAUUCAGCACAGGCCACUGAGAUCAGUAAUGCAGAAGAGGAGACGGAAUCUGAGCAAGAAAUAACUGACACAAUAAACGAAAUAACUGACACCUUGAAUGGAGGGGCAGAAAUGAUGGCUGGAGGAAAGGAUGGCACUGAGGGAGAAAAUAAAGAGGAGACAGAGACUACAGUGGAAAAGGCUAACGAUGAAGAGCAGGAAGAGGAAGGGGAAUCACAGACUGGGACGGGAGACACUGAGUCCAAAACGGAAAUGACUGAUGACACAAACAAAGAGAAACUAAGCCAAGCAAUGGAAGGGGAAGAUAAUGGUAAAAUGGAUCCAUUAGUUAAUGAUGAUAAGGAAGAGGUUGUGGGGACUAUGACGCCAGACGUGGGUGUAAAUGAAGCCUCCACUGCAGAAUCAGAGCCUGGUGCUGAAGAAGGAGGCAACGGGGAUGAGUCUGAUACUAAGACAGAAGUAGGCCAAGAUAAAUAUGAGAAAAUCACAACUAUGUUGGAGGAUAGUGAGGUUGCAGACAUUACUGUGGAAGAAGCCGAGAGAAGCAUUUGUGGGAGUAAUGUAACAGAAAAGGAGAACACAGAAGGGGAAACUGAGUCCAGUGUUUGCGAGAAAGAUGAGGGACUCGAGAGUGAAGAGAUGAGUGUAAAAGAGGAGGAGAAUGUACGGGACCCAGAAAUCAAGGCAAAUGGGUUAGAAACUGAGAUUAAGGAAGGAGAGGUGGAAGUGAUGUAUGCUGAACUGGGAUCCUCAGGAGAUGAAGUUCAAGAGACCCCAGUGGAAGAAGAGCCCAAGAGUGAAAGCAAGGCAAAUGGUUUAGGAACCGAGAUUGGUGAAGGAGAGAUGGGAUCAACAGGAGAGGGAAUUGAGAAGACCCCAGUUGGGGAAGAGCCCAAGAGUGAGACGGAAGCAAAGCAAACCACAGACCAAGAAAUUGAGGGCAAAUCCCAGUCCAUUGAGACAGAUAUGACCCCAGCUACAGCUCCGGAAGCUGAGUCUCUGUCAGAGGAGACUCUGGACAUGACCGAAGGGACACUCGUAGACAUAGAGCACACAGGGAGUGGCAUGAAGAACGGAGAUACACUGGGGCAAAGAGAAGUAGAGGAGGCUGCAGAAUCCUCAAUUGCACGCGUGACAGUGGGGACUACAGGAGGAGUGGAAACAGGGCCGUUGGCGGAUGAGCACGGGUCGUUGAAUGAAGAGAACGGUGGAGUGGAAUUGAAACCAGGAGAGGGCAACCCUGCAUCAGACAGUGCAGAGAGAGACGGCAAAACUGAGGUACCUGGAGACAGUAUUGACGUUGUUAGGGGUGACGCUGACAUGAAAGACGCCGGAGAAGAGCAAAAGGUCAGAGCUGCAGUAGAGCCUGAGGGUGGAACAAAGGCGGGAGGGAAUGAGGUAAAUAUUGACACUAAGGGUCUCCCAGAUGAAAGUCCUGGCAAUUCAACGCUGCAGGAAAAGACGAGGGUGUCUAAAUCAGACGUCACAGAUGAUGGACUGGAGAUGAAAGCGGAAGAUGAGUCAAGUGCUCAGACCAAACGACAAGAAGAAAUUGAAGAGCCCGAGAAAGAAACCCCAGGAGUGGAAGCUAAUGUGACUGAGUGUGACGUAGAAGGAAGUGAAGGCAAGUUGGAAGACUCUUGGGUGCACACAGACCGCAGAGAUCCACACGGUCAGGAAGAAGGCACAACAAACAACACAGAGACUGGGAGGGAGGGCAGUGAGACAUCAAACGGGGAAGGCCUGGGCUCACACAAGCCAGGAAGUGCUGCUCUUGAAGUCGAGAGCAUUGCGGCUGAAUCCAUGGCGGAUGGGGUUAAAGGCAGACCUGAGGAGGAGCUGGGGAUGAUGAUGAUGGCGGACGAGGAAGAGGCAACUGCAGAGAAGAAAGAGGGUCAGGACGCAGCAGUUCUGGAGAAAACCUGUCACCCCAAAAAGAGCAGAGAUGAACCUUCCAUGCUCCGUUCCAAAACGGAGCUCAGAAUCGGAACGAAAUUCCCCCCGCCGCUGAUUAGGCGUAGUGGAAGCUACACGCUAACGAUUGCGAGGGAGGGGCUGAGCCUGCAGACACUUGCAGGGAGUGACCGUGAGACAGAAAACCCUCUCGCGUAUGUGCAGGCAGCAGCAGCAAUCGCAGAGAAUGCCUUUACAGCCUCCAAUCAGAAGCUCCAACACAUUGAUACACAGGACAUGUGAUUCCCAAAGGCACAGCAAGGGAAGAUGGACACAGACCACUUGGCCUGUUGAGAAAACUCAACAUCAUAUUUUUUUGUGCUGUACAUUAUGGAAUUGUAAUUGUACAUAGUGUAGCUGUAAUGUGUAAAUACCAUGCAGAACUAUGGUCCCCAACAGAAAUCACAAAGUGAAGCGGCGGGGGGGGGGGGGGGGGUUGUCAAAGCUCUCAGCCUGCUAUCCAGCAGUAACCUGUUUCAAAUGAGCUAACGGUUGUGAAAAUGUUGGUUGUACAGAGAGAGUCGUUUGCGAUGGCAGAUCAUCACCCUGUACGAGUGGUCACAUAUCUUGUCUCCCUCUUAUUGUUUCCAUUGUGUCCCAAUGACAACGGUGACCUGACACGAGAGAUGGACUCCAUACUGAAAGGAGGUGGGGAGUGAGCCUUUCAUCAAGGCCCUGAAAGGCGAUACAGGCCCAAGCCCGGCCCGGCCCCCGCAACAGAAAUAAUUGAUAUCCAGAGCACGGCGCAAAACGUCAUUCCGCCGUAUGGGCGAAGCAUCGGGACAACGGUCGUCUCAGCAAGCUCCUGCCAGCCUUCGGCACGGAGCAGAGGGGGGGUGUCUGUCACAGCUACACCCAACGCGCAGUGCGAAAUUACGGCCCUUUGUGCGAUCGCAGAAAAGCAUUUGUGUAGAACACUUUCCCCUUGCGGGUCCAGUCGGAUUCAGGGUAAAUUGCGUGGCAUGCAGUCCGUUGAAUGGUUUCAUUCACUUGAACUGCUGCGUGUGAAAAGAACUGUUCAUUCUGAAUGUCUUGAUUGCUCCUCAGAAGUGUUAUUUAAUGUAAUAUUAAGCUGUAUGGCAAAUAUGCCAGCUGUAUUUCAAUGUUCGACACUGAUUUUUGAAUGGAAUUAUUGUGCAUGAUUAGCACAUCUCACUCGUAUACUGUCAUAUACUCAAGUCAUAUCCAACGUACUUGUAUGUAGUUGACAGCUGUUGACAAAACAGACAUCAGUGUCAUAGGAAUACAGUAUUUAGAUUAUUUUUUAUCUUUUGAUGAAUGGAGUAUCAACCAGAAAGGAAUACACUUUAUAUAUUUAUAUUUAAACAUAAAUGCUGCUAUUACAGCUAAUAUAUGUUUGUGUGUUGAAACAUAUCUAGCUUUGUCUACUGUAUUUUGAUUAAUAUUGCAAUAUUUUUGCAAAGCAAAGCUGCUUUGAAUAGGCCGCUUCUGUUGCUUUUAAGUGGAAAUGCACUACAGCAAGUGAAGGCCUUCUUCUGAAGUUCUGUUUUACUUAGAAUUUAGUGUGUCAAGGAUUAAUUAAAUCUUUUUCCAUCACUUGUUUUAAAAUUAUUUUCUACAUUAUUCAGGUUCUUAGUGUUGCUGAAGGAUUGUUUUGGAUUUUAGGAUGGAAGUGGCCACUAAUAAGUCCCGGGAAGGCUUUUUGAGCAGUUCUGUCUAGAAUAAAUAUCUCUUCCGUUUAGGCACCAUAGUUAGAUAGAUAAUAGGUAGUAUUCAGUUUUUGUCCCUUUUUCUCUUCUUCUAUCCCGAGGAUUGUGAAAACUGUAGACCAUUUUUUUAUUUCCACUCCAGAAGUGUGUAUGUGGUCUAGUCUAUGCAACCAUGAAAUUCAUGAUCAAGGUAUUAUAAUACAGAUCACAAUAGCAUGCAUAAAUGUGCAGUACAAAUGUUGUUUCCCAUAAUAUAUUUUCAUAUCAAGCACUAAAAGCCUAUAAUGAAACUUCACUUUGGCAAGUCAAAGAAUAAACACAACAUGUCUUGCAA